AUGGAAAUCCUAUUAUCUCAAAAUCCACAACAAUGCCAACUCUUUGGAAAACUAGGCUGGCUUAUACAAGGACUCCUUGGAGCUGCAUCAUUUUCUUCACUUAUUGGUACUUGUUUAUUCAGUUAAAAGAUACACAGAGCAGAACAGAAGAACUUGAAAAAUCUGGUUCAUGGAUACUUCAAAGCAAGGAUUUAGUGCAGGAUUAUUGCAUAUUUUGAAUUUGCUGAUAUCAUAUUAUAUUGAAGGAAAAGAGCCUGGAUCGGGCCAAUGUACAUGGUAUUUUUUGACUUUUGUUGUAGAUAUAUUUUUGGGUAUGGCUAUUGCGUAUAUUUUGUUAAAUAGCCUUGAAAGAUGCCUAAAUGGGAGCGAAACGCUAAAAUUUAAGUCAGGAUUUUAUGGAGAACCCCCAAGCUGAGGUUUGUGGGCUUACCAAAUGUGACUGUGGCUAGGAAUAAUUCUUUUUACGAAAUUCUGCUUAAUAGGGACUAUGGUUGUAUUUAAAAGUCCAUUACGAUUUAUAGGAGAUUUGUUUUUGAAGCCUAUAGAGAGGUUUCCGAAUUUUGAACUGAUAAUGGUAAUGAUAAUAAUACCGGUAGUGAUGAACUCUUUGAUGUUUUGAAUUACAGAUAGCUUUUUGAAAAAUGGAGAAAAAGUGGUUAUAGCUACAGAAACCAUCUCAAUAGAGCUGCUAGAAAAAGAUAUAGAUACUGAAGAAAAUAUUGCAAUUAAUAAAAUAUAGGAAUUUACCAUAAAUAUCUCUAUGAACUUUUAAACAAAAAGCCAUUUACACUAUUAUUGAAAAAGAAAUACCAAAUUUAA